AACUUUAAACGCGCUUGAGUCCUGCCAAGAUUUCGAGCAACAACGAAGCGAGUGUUAUGUGGACUGCAGCCAUUACUGUCAGCGGCCGUUUACUUUGUACUCGUUUGAGAGAUUGUUAAAAAGUCGUUUAUUCACUGUCUGAAGUCAUCAAGACAGGUUUUGACGUUUCUUGGCCGGCUUGCUUUUCACAGAAUGGACCCAGCGAGCCGAUACCAAGUGCUGCACAAUGAAGACGACUCCUCUGAGACGUCUGUCAGCGAGCAGCCGUCGUGCUCCGCAACACAAGCCGGAACGUCGCAGGGCCAAAACCCGGCACAGAGCAGCGUGCCGCCCGCCCCUCCACCAGAUGAGGUUCUAGGAACGGGCGGUGCAGAUGCGCCGCCGCCUCCUUACGCCUCCAUUGAACUGGGUGCGACCGCAGCAACUCCUGAAACAAGUUUCCAAAGCGACUUCCCAGUACCGCCGCCCUACAGCGUGGCCACCUCACUGCCCACGUAUGACGAGGCAGAAAAGGCCAAAGCUGCUGCCAUGGCCACUUCCACUGUGGAGGUGAUGUCACGGGAUGAUGAAUUCCUUCCCAGAGAUGAUUUCAGCGACACUGAUCAGCUGAGAGUCGGGAAUGAUGGAAUCUUUAUGCUGGCCUUUUUCAUGGCCUUCCUGUUCAACUGGAUCGGAUUCUGUCUGUCCUUCUGUUUAACCAACACCAUCGCAGGACGUUACGGUGCCAUCUGUGGCUUUGGGCUCUCCCUCAUCAAGUGGAUUCUCAUUGUCAGGUUCUCCGACUAUUUCACCGGCUACUUCAAUGGCCAGUACUGGCUCUGGUGGAUCUUCCUGCUGCUUGGUCUGCUGCUGUUCUUCAGAGGUUUUGUCAACUACCUAAAGGUCCGCAACAUGUCCGAAAACAUGGCCACCACGCACAGGACGCGCCUCUUCUUUAUGUACUAACAAGUGUUCGCCGUGCCGUUCCCCAUCACCCCCCCGCCCUCAAAUGACCUGCCAGGACAUUGUUGCAGUGAAGAGAGGAGAAAGAAGGGCAGUAAGAGUAAAUGUAGAGAGAGAAGUGUAUUUAAAAUGCAUGGCAAAUACUAGAUCUAGAUGUAGGUUUAGAGUUGUGCCGAUAAGCCAAUAUCAACCAGGAUGAAGUCUUACUCCAACCAGGGUGUUGACCCCCCCCCCCCCCCCCCUACAUUGUUCAUAAUGUCUUAUAUUUCACUUAAAUUGACUUUUAUAAGUACAUAUUAGACCAGGUCACAUAUUGUAUGAUGGCUCGCCACACAGGACUGAGCAUGUAUCUUCUUUUAGGCAACAGCCAGUUGAAUUGGAACGAGAUCCAAAGGGUGAACAAAAAGCAUUUUUAGCACAUCUGAGCCAAACUGUCAUAUGCAGACAUUUAUAUCGGAGAAAAGCUGCACUUGUUUCAAAAAGGAAUCAAAUAGAAAUGUAACCAUAAGCUCAGGCCACAGUCCUUAAAAUAAAAUGUCGAGCUGCUCAAAGAGGUCUCGUUUAGAUGUGGUCAAAAUGCAGCAUUUUUAUAGCACUAUGCAACCCAAUUACUUAACAAUCAUAAUUCUGGAUUAUGAAGUCCUGUGAUGAUGAUUGUGAUCCAAUGCAAACGUUGGGCAAUACAAUGAAACGAAACAACGUGACCGGCCAUGCAAUACUGCAGAUAUUUCUCUGCGGUUUUCUAGCUAUAUUUAAAUUUCCUUCACUUCUUUCAAUGGAAGUGUUCUGUGUUGAUGGGAGCAUCUCGGGUGAUAUUUGCUAGCCUGUUGGAGAGCGGCGGCAAAGUGUCGUUGUUUAGGGUUCACAAACCGUGCGAGUUGAGUGAGACUGGACAAAACGAACCCGUCAACCUGGAAAUCAAAUGUAAAUACCAGCUUAAUACCAAUUCAUGAUAUUUGCACUUUGGACUUCUGUACAGUAUAAUUUGUGAAUCUGCUUAACUUGAUGUGGUGGUAGCGAGGUUUAAAAAAACAACAACAAAAAACAGCCUUCCAUGUUUUUGGACUGGAAUUCUUAAUCAUGCGAAAUAUUGUGCUGUUUUUUUUUUUCUCAUUUUCUUUGCACUUUUAGCUUUUCAUGUUGAUUUUUGUCUUCUCUUGUCUCUGAAUUAUGACCGUUUAAGGUAUUUCCAAACUUUCUUCUUUCCCUACACCCAGCCUUUUUCAGCCAUAUCCAAACUUGCUGCAUGAUUUAAGUGCUUGAAUGAGUAGCAGGGAUAUCAGGAGCCCACAGUUUAUUUACAAAGCCAUGAACCAGUUUAAAGAACAAACAUAUUGAAUUACUUUGGAAAAUAGUCUUACGGUUAUUUACUGUUAACUGGAAUUUAUUGAUGUGUUGAAAAAUGCCAAUAAAAAAAGCAACAUGUACUAUAA